GCGGAUUAUUCAGUAUUUUUUACAAAAAAAUAGAAAAAACCUACAAAUAUGACCUCACUUUUCCCCUUUAUGAAGGACAUAUUAUUUACUUUCAGCGUAUCAUACGUUCGCCAUGUUGCCACGUCUAACAAAAAAACUGGAAGUACAGAAAAAUUAUUUAAUAUUAACUUCAAAUAAAAAACUACAUUUAAUAGUGUUACUGGAAAUAUCCGAUUUUAAAAAGAAAGAAUGAUCCUCUUCCCAACCUUUGACACAGAUCAAUGAAUAAUAUCUCUUCUUAUCAACUUCAUAUCACUAUCGCUACCACAACAUGUGGAAUUACUAAUUAAAUAGCCUGAAAUCAGGUAUUUUCUGUAACAACACUAACAAAACAAAAAUGAAAGGCCUUAAUAUAAUACCAUUAUACUCUAUAUUUUAAUCAAUAAUAACAAAACAAGAAUGAAAGACUUAAUCUAACCACCUACUCAUUUUAUUAAUCUUCACCCUGGAACUUGCACCAAUUCAACCAAUUAACCGAACCUAAUAUACUUCAGCCUAAACCUCACCCAAACCCAAUCUAAUCAAAACCUCAAUAUUUUUCUGCAAUUUGAUUUGUAAAUUAAGUAUUCUUUAGGAGGCUGUCCUCCCAAAAACUUGCCUCCACAUAAACAUGUCAACUUACUCGGUUAUAAAAGGAGAGGACAUAACCCCCAACAGUCUUAUAGGUCCUCCACCUCAUUGGUGCAAGUUCCAAUAUGUGGAUCAACAAAAUAACGGGAAUGGUUCACAGUUCUAUGGGUAUAUCCUAAAUUUUGCGCAUUACCAUAUACCCUCCACUCGUCUGCCCAAAUCUCCGAUACUUGUCGCACUAUUUGCAGAAUGACUCCUUCCAGAGCAGCUGCUCUGCGAUUUUGGAUAAGCCUAAUAUAACCUUUUUGACUGUAACAUUGUAUAUGCCUAUUAACCACUGUUCUCUCACCAAUCUGCCUCUAUUAUAUUUUCGUUUGGUCAACACUGACUCAUCAAUUUGAACCACUAAACCUGGCCCUCCUAUACCAAAUUACAUAUAAAAACAAUAAAAUAAGUAGAAAUAAAUCAUUCUGAUCUGGCUGUAUUAAUUUCCAACUCAGCAGUGGGACUCUGUAUUCUAUAGAAUUCUAUUAAUCGUUUUAUUUCUAUAUGACUCGCACUCCGUGAUCAAAACGCUAUCGCCUAGUGUCGAUUGGUUCUGUCAUUGAAAACGUAUGAGGUGUCUAGACGUAUCGUUUUCUGCAAAUCGGCUUUUUUUAACCUCACUUUUAUCAUGAAUAAUGAAUUGACCCUUGACCGUUUCUUUGUUUAUAUUACGUCAUAUUACGUUCAGACAGUUUAUUUUGUGUUGACGCCGAGGACCGAGGAGAGUUAACAUUGUUAAAUUUGCUUUUCUUCCUUGAAAAUGAGAGUUCGACAAGAACAUUGGUCAAUGUUGCUCGAUAUUUGCGAAAGAAAUCCGGAAUUAAUCACUAACAAGUUUAACGGGCCCGAAGGAAAGGCAAAAGGCCAUGCACUAUGGCUGACAGUGACCCAGCAGCUUAAUAGUUUAAGGUUUGGUGAAAAAUCCAAAGAAGAUUGGAGAAAAGCACUCAUAGAUUGGAAAGUCCAAGGCAGCCAAAUUAAAUAAAGAAAUGAAAGGAACUGGAGGGGGUCCAGCUCAAUGCGUGCCUCUUUCGGAACUUGAAAAUAGGCUGCUUAAUCUUAUGGAAACAGUGGCAGUUGAAGGAGAUAAUGUGGCCGAAAUGGGCUUUGGACAAGUAACAGUGAUUCAAUUUCUAGAACCCAGCGUAGUUGUUGUGACACCUGAAGCUGCAGGUCGUUCUGAACUGAUAUCCUCAAGUUGUGGUCUGAAAAGACCAAUGGAACCAAAUCUUGACCAUGAUUAUACUGCUGAGACCUCUGGUGGAUCUUCACGUUCAUCAAGUGCUGUCAAAAGACAGGUUAAAUUUAAACCAUCUCGGAGGAUUAAACUACUCCGGGAAGGUGUUUGCAACAGGCUUAUUGACUUGUCUGAGGAGACUUUAAAUACCUUAAAAUGUAUUGAGGAAAAUACUCGAGCUAUUGCAGAAAGUUUUAAAGCCAAGCAAUAAAUUAUAACUUAUGGUUG